AUGGCCCCCCUCCGCACCUACACAGACCGCCCCGUCGUCCUCCUCACAAACGACGACGGCCCUCCCUGCGCCUCGUCCCCGAAUAUCUUCUCCUUCUGCAAACUGCUGCAGUCCAAGCUGGGCUGGGAUGUGCGCGUUGUGAUCCCUGACUGUCAAAAAUCAUGGGUUGGCAAGGCGUAUGCCAUCAGCGAUGUCAUCGCAGCGAGUUACUUCUAUCCACUAGAGCCCGAUGGUCUCCAUGGAGACAUUACCACCGAACGUCGCCCAUUAAAGGAAGGGGAGACGAUGGAAUGGGUGCUACUUUCUGGAACCCCGGCAACGUGCGCCAACGUUGCGUUGCACAACAUCUACCCUGGAGAGAUCGACCUCGUGGUUUCUGGGCCUAAUCACGGACGAAACUCCUCAACUGCUUUUGCCUUAUCUUCCGGUACCCUUGGUGCAGCCCUCGCUGCUUCCCUGUCCAUCCCCAUCCCGGGCCCGUCCUCCCGCCCUUCCCUUCACGAGACGCACAUUCCAUCUAUCGCCGUCUCAUACGGCGUCGUCACUCGCCCCGUCUCUCCACGCCUCCUUGAAUUAGCCACCGAGACUGCCGUGAACGUCUGUCAAAGGCUCUUCAACAGCUGGGGAGAGGACGAUGGCCCAGGGGGAAAGGGGCUGGUACCAAUCUACAGCGUGAACGUGCCGCUGGUAGAGGCCAACCUGGAAGAAGGUGCCAGAAAAGUGUGUUUCACGGAUAUGUGGAGGAAUGCCUAUGGCGGACUGUUCAAAGUCACCCAACUCGAGCCCUCUCUCAUAUGGUGGCCCAAAGAGUCCAAGCCUAAGCCUGGACCGCAGACCAAGCUCGUGUCUGCUGCAGCUUCUACAGCUUCUCUUCAGACCGUGCAGAGCGAUCGCAAAUGUCAAGGUCAACCACAAGCAUCAGGUUCUGAUAAUCAUCUUAGAUCAAAGGUCUCCUUUGACCCUGGGGACCACGCUGCUUCUUGGGAUCAGAGGAGCACAACCAAUCAGCCACAGAAUGUCGAGGCUCCUCUGCAUUCCAAAUCGUCAGCCGCCGGGCCGAACGCUUUACCCACAUCAACAAACUCUCCGAAAACCUCAGCAGCAGACGACAAGCAGCUCAAAUUCCACUUUGCGCCAAACAUGAAGCCGCUAUUGUUCCCAGACGAGAAGGAUGUACCGGAAGGCACGGAUGCAUGGGCGUUCGCAAAGGGCUGGACCAGUGUGACUCCCAUGAGAGCAGAAUAUGCUUGCGUGGCGCAUGGUAAUUUCCAAUAUGGCAAAUUGUGGGAGUAG